AUGCCCGCCUUCUCCGCCCCUCUCCUCUCUCUCUCUCUCUCCGCCCGCGCCCUCAACAGCGGCGGCGUCGACCGGCAGCGGCGUUCAACUGCGCCCCACGAGCAGGGCCUUUGCUGCCUUACUGGGAUGAAGGGUGGCUGUCUGCAUAGGCUCCUUGUCCACAAGCUAUGUUUUGGCCUGGUGGUUCUCCUCACUGUGCUGAUUGUUGUUCUGUUACUGGAAGGAGCCCCAGUCCUCACAAUCUUCAGCACAACACCAGGGCAAUUAAAAGUUAUCUCUCAAGGUUUCCUACAGCAGCAGGAGCAGGAACAUCUUGGAGAUGAUGGAGCAACCCUAGCUGGGUCUCCAGGUCCAGCUUCCAUGUGCCGCUCGCACAAAAGGAAGGGCAAAGUGAUGAACAGUAAUUUCUUAUAUUGUAACUACGCAAAGGGGAAGUGGAUAGAAGAUGAUAAGUGGCCAUUGUACUCUGGUAACGAGUGCAAGCAAUGGCUGUCAAAAAUGUGGGCUUGUCGAAUGAUGCGGCGUGUACAUUUCUCUUAUGAGAAUUAUCGGUGGCAGCCACAUGGCUGUGAGAUGCCUGAGUUUACAGGGUCUAACUUCUUAAAAAGGAUGAGGAACCGAACUCUUGCUUUUGUUGGUGAUUCACUUGGCAGACAACAAUUUCAGUCAAUGAUGUGUAUAGCAACUGGUGGCAAAUACAGUCCUGAGGUCGAAGAUGUUGGUUGGAAAUAUGGCCUUGUCAAAGCCCCAGGUGCUCUAAGACCUGAUGGGUGGGCUUAUAGAUUUCCAUCCACCAACACAACUAUCCUUUUCUACUGGUCUGCUACUCUGUCUGAAUUAGAACCUCUGAAUACAGAAGACACAGUGACCAGAUAUGCAUUGCAUCUUGAUCGACCAGUUACAUUUUUGAAGAAGUAUCUUAAUUACUUUGAUGUCCUAGUACUUAACACAGGCCAUCACUGGAACAGAGGGAAAUUCAAUGGAAAUCACUGGGAAUUGCAUGCUGAUGGGAAGCCUGUAGGCAAUGGUAGUAGACUUGCAGACCUAACCCGUGCAAAAAAUCUUACAUUGCAUAGCAUUGCUAGAUGGAUGGAUUCAGAACUUGCACGGCAUCCUAAGAUGAAAGUAUUCCUCAGGACAAUUUCACCAAGGCACUUUGUAAAUGGUGACUGGAACACAGGUGGGACAUGUGGAAAUACCAUCCCCUUAUCUAAUGGAAGUGAGAUCUCGCAGGACCAUUCAAUUGAUAUACCCGCAGAAAACGCUGUGAAGGGAACUCGGGUUAAGCUUUUGGAUAUCACUGCUAUCUCGAAACUACGAGAUGAGGGGCAUAUCUCAAACUCUAGUUUCAAAAAAGCUUCCACCGGAAUUAAUGAUUGCUUGCACUGGUGCUUACCUGGUAUACCAGACAUGUGGAAUGAGCUUCUCUUUGUACAGAUUUAG